AUGCUGCGCAGCCUGCUCGAGGAGUUCAAGGGGGCCAACGCGGCCAGGGAGAGCGCCGCGCUGGCGAGCGCGGCCAACAAGAAGCAGACGCAGCGGGCUUGCGACUGCCUCGUAUCGGCCGCGGAGGUGAAGCAGCUUGUCGUGCAGCUCAUGGACGUGGGCAUCGCGGAUGCGUUCGGCGCGCUGCUGCGCGAGCGCGGGAACAGCGGGCCGCUGCUCCGGAUCCCGGCGAGCGCCGCAUCGCACCUGCAGGAGCGGAUCGCGUGGCCGAACCUCUUCGCGCUGGUCUCCACGGAGACAUUCACGCGUGCGGAGCCCCAAUUCGUCAAGGAGCUCAACAGAGAGGGCAAGUCGCUGAAGCGCCAGACGGAAAAGUACCGCCACGUGGUGACGAAGACGAUCCGGGAGGGACUGGCGCUGUAUCGCCACACCGAAGUGGAAGGUGCCCUGUUCGAGUUCCUCCUCAAGGCCCACGUCGCGCUGGACGCGGAGGCCGACGCUGACCAGGACGACGAGCAGCAGGUGACGGCGGAGCUCCAGGCCACGGAGGCCGUGACGCAGAAGCAUGCGUCGGCGCUUGCGUUCACAACCGCGCACCUGGGCUCCGACGGCACGCUGGUGAUGGGCGAGGGCGCCCUGCUGGAGUUCGUGCGCCAGCACGUCAAGGAGAGGCUCACGAACUGGUCGUGGGGCGGGGAGCACGCGUUCGAGAAACUGACGCCGGCCGUGCUGGCUCACAUCCACUACGAGGUGGAUCGUGCAUUCAUCGCACGCGGCGACCGACCCCGGCGCGGGCAAUCUGGAUCGGACGAGAACCGCGUCGUCGCGAGCUGUGCCUGGGCGAGGCAACACAGCGCGCCGAACGGUCUCAUCCGGAGCGGCACUGGCUUUCCGGGCGGCAUGGGCCCCUUCCCGGCCGCGCGCAUGCUCGCCAGCACCCACGGAGGCGACGUGCAGGGUGCGCCGGCGCUGGGGCCCGACGAGCCGAUCACCGCCGACAACGACCCGGCGUGCGAGGACGUCCCCGAGGGGCAGUGCGAUCUCCGCGACUGCAAAGCGCGCGACGGACAGGUCGCACGCGGGCCGCACACGUGCUCGCGGUGCUCCCUUCGGUACCACCACCUGUGCGCCGGAGACGAUGAGUGCCCGCGGUGCGCCAACGCGCCGAUCGCUGCGCCGCCCAUGAUCGUCCGGAGGGCGCUGUGGCGCAUCGACGCGUCGGCGGCGCUGGAGCUCGCGCAAGCAGAGCGCGGCGGUGGCGGUGGCGGUGGCGGUGGCGGUGGCGGUGGCGGUGGCGGUGGCGGGCCAGCAGCACCCGCAGCGGCCCCAGCCCCCCCGACGCCUGCAGGACGCAUCGAGGGCUCAUGCGACUUCCGCCUCUGCCAGGGCGAGGCCGCGGCGGGGACGUCCGAGGCCGAGCCAGAGGUCUGCGACAAGUGCGGCGUCAGUCUUCACCGCACUUGUCGUGAGGCAUUGGUCACGGAGGUCGUCAAACAGCUGUUCGACAAAGCCCGGGAGAUCUACGUCAAUGCCGAGGGCGACAAGGUGACGACGCGGAUGGCAUGGACGGAGGUGGACAGCCUCUCGAAGUGCAUUGUGUGCGAGUCCAUGCGCGGCGGCAAGGGCAACAAGGCCCUCUUCAAGCUGGAGGACCACCUGGCGUCCGAAGCUGCGCAGCGGGCGCGAAAGCGCAAGGCGGCGCCGAAGGCCACGGCGGCGCCGAAGCCCAAGCCCACGGCGGCGCCGAAGCCCAAGCCCAGGGCGGCGCCGAAGGCCAAGCCCAGGAACGUCGAGAGAGCGAAGACCUCGCUCAAGUGA